AUGAAUAGCAGGUCAAAAAUCAGUAAAAGUGGGGCAGCAUCUAUCAUGUCACUUUCAAAUAAAACUGUUAAGGCAUUGCGACAACUACUGAAGGAAGAAUACUCAGUGGAAGAUGAACUAGUUGAAUCUAUAGCACUAUCCAGUAUGCGAUUCAGGCAGUCACAAGAACUAGAAUUUCAAGCGCUAAGCCAAUCGUCAUUGCUCAAAACUAAAUUAAAACAACGUAGUAAUACGGAUGUUCUGAGUUACAACCGUGUACUUAUAUCAAAAUUGUCAUGUGAAAAGAUCGCUCAUUAUGCAAUCCGUGGGGGAAAUAUCGAAAUUAUGGGUAUAUUGAUGGGUUUCACACUAAAAGAUAAUAUUGUUGUAAUGGACUGUUUCAAUCUUCCUGUAGUAGGAACAGAAACUCGCGUAAAUGCACAAUUAGAGUCAUACGAGUAUAUGGUUCAAUAUAUCGACGAGAUGUAUAAUCAUAAUGACAGCGGUGAUGGACGAGAUUACAAGGGCACUAAAUUGAAUGUGGUUGGCUGGUUCCAUUCACAUCCUGGUUACGACUGUUGGUUAAGUAAUAUAGAUAUCCAAACCCAGGAUUUGAACCAAAGAUUCCAAGACCCAUAUGUCGCAAUUGUGGUCGAUCCCUUAAAAAGUCUAGAAGAUAAAAUUUUAAGAAUAGGCGCAUUUAGAACAAUAGGAAACAAGACUAAUGAUGAUAGUUCACCUUCAUAUUACGAACUAGAAACAAUAAUAUUUGACUCAGAACUAAACCGGGCAUUAUUUGAAACAAAGUUAAACUUACAUUGCGUAAUAGAGGAUGAUGAGUCAGAACAAAUAUCAUUGAACAGGUUAAUCGAUUCAAUGAAGCAGUAUACUUACUUGAUGGAUACUAAAAAUGUUAAGACGAGGGUGAACUUAGCUACUAUUAGUGAACGUGCAAGCAACGAAAACAAAAUAAAAAUUGACGAUCAAAAUCGUUCAACAAGGUCACAGUUCUGCCUCAAUACGCAGAGAGGGGAUAGUACUGAAACGAGCUCCUUUGGAAGUAUGUUUUCAGGUGAUAACACUAGUGAUGUAGAUAUGGAAGAUAGAAACCUCACCGAGUUUGAUAGUACUGAUACCAGUCUGUACACAAGUGUUGAGCCGAGUAUUCAUGUAAACCACACGGAAAGAAACAGCAGGUCUACCGACAAUUUCCACAAUCCCAGAAAUCGCAUAAACAGUAAUCAGGAAAGACGUAAUGAUGAAUGCAGUGAUAUCCUACAGAGAAAUGUACUGGAGACAGAUUAUGCAAGAGCAAAAAACCGAAUACUUGCUUCAAAAAUUAAGCAAUACGAACGGCUACGUUUUUACAAGGACACCUUCACACUGUGA